AUAUCAAUUUUCGCAAUUUCAGCAUAACAAACAAUUGCAUGUAACUUGGCACAAAAUCUCUCAUUGUCUAUUUAUUUUCUGUGUGCAUGUAUGAACCCUCUUUAAUUCCGCAAAUGGCUGCGUAUGGCUGGUUGAUCUGUGUCAUGUUAUUAAUGGUGGGUAGUUUAGCAAGUAGCCAGAAUGUACUUGGUCAUAAUCACUCUAAAUAUCCACCGGACUUGAGUACUAUUUGUCACGAUGAUUCCCUCACCAAAGGUUACAAGUGCGAAGAUUAUGAUGUGAUAACCGAUGACGGGUAUGUACUAAGGAUGCAUAGAUUUCCUCAAGGCCGGAUUAAUUACCGCGGUAGAGGGAAGAAACCACCGGUUUAUCUGCAGCAUGGAGUACUAGUGGAUGCAUCGAAUUGGUUCACAGUAAGCCAUGCUGAUCAAGCGUUACCAUUAAUCUUGGUCGAGGCUGGCUUCGAUGUGUGGCUGGGUAAUACUAGAGGCACUCGAUAUAGCAGAAAACACGUCUCGGGAAAUUUUUCUAAUUCGGAUGAUUAUUGGGACUUCACGUUCUCUGAAAUGGGGAAGUAUGAUUUGCCGGCUUUUAUUGAUUUUGUGAUCCUACAAACAGGCCAAAAGGUCCAUUACAUGGGUCAUUCCUUGGGAACUACGCAGUUUUUUGCAGCCUUUUCAGAAUGGAAAGUAGAAAAAAAAGUGAAAACCGCGACACUUUUAAGCCCAAUAUCUUUCUUGAACCACAUUACAGCUAAAGGAGCUAUUAUUGCAGCCAAAGCCUAUAUUCCUGAGAUUGUUGGAACAUUUGGUAUAUCACACAUCAAUCUAAAAGUACAACCACUAAGCGCCAUCACUUAUGCUUUAUGUAAUUUUCCGGGGGUAAAUUGUUGGGAGGUUUUUGCAGGAUUCUCAGGCCCUAAUUGUUGUAUGAAUGCCUCUACCGUCAACCUUUACUUGCAUAAUUGGCCGCAAGCUGCUCCUAUCAAGACCUUAAUACAUUUAUCACAAAAUAUCAGAACCGGAGUAUUCUCUAAAUACGAUUACGGGGAUCCAGCCACUAAUCUGCAACAUUACGGAGUUCCAGAGGCUCCGAUUUAUGAUUUACAGACAAGUAUACCGAAAGAUUUUCCCUUGAUGCUCUGUCAUGGAGGUCCAGAUGCACUUGCUGAUCCAACAGAUGUGCAGAGAACUCUUUCCCUUUUGAGUUCUCACAGGAAUAUUCAUCAAAUUUAUAUGGAUAAUUAUGCUCAUUAUGAUUUCGUCAAUGCAAUGACUGCUAAAGAUGAUCUAUACCCUGAUAUUGUCAACUUUAUCAGGACACAUAAUCAUCGGUAGGCGGUUUAAGAAUGUGAUUUCGUUAAUAAUUUGUAUUUCGUAAAAUCUGAUUAAGUUGUACUGUAGGUGUUGUCAAGUUGAGACUUGCUGACAUAAAAUCAAUAAAAUUUCGUAAAAAUUAUGAGAUGAUGAUACUAUCUGAUUAUUACAA